UUUAAUUUUAAUUUUUUUACUCAUUUUUAAUAAAAAGUUUCACAAGUCUUUUCCUCAACUAGCAAUGCAAUGAAGAAAAUAUAGUUGGGAAAAUUUUGAUAGAGUGGUUCAUGGGCCAAUAGCAUCACAAGAAAGGGUCAGUGGUUCUACAGAUACAUAGGCUUAAUGUGUCGUGUAAAACCAACAAAAGUGACUUCCCAUCCACAACCCUAAACCAACCGCACUUUCUUAUGCUCUCUUCAUUUUCCUUUCUUCUCUAGCUCCUUAUAUAUCUUCUCUCGCACUUCUUUUUGGCGUGCUUGAAGACAAACAAUUUGCCGCCUUCAUAUAUAGCUAGCUAGUAAUUAACAUAACUUCCACCGAUUAUCCAUGGACGAUUCAGGAGCUGCUUCUGUUGAUGAUGUAAAGACUUGUCCUAGAGGACACUGGAGGCCUGCUGAGGAUGAAAAACUCAGGCAACUUGUUGAACAGUAUGGUGCACAAAACUGGAACUCUAUUGCAGAAAAGCUCCAAGGAAGAUCAGGGAAGAGCUGCAGAUUGAGGUGGUUUAAUCAACUUGACCCUAGAAUCAACAGAAGGCCAUUUACAGAAGAAGAAGAAGAAAGGCUCCUUGCUGCUCACCGUAUUCAUGGAAACAAAUGGGCACUAAUAGCUAGACUAUUUCCCGGUAGAACCGAUAAUGCAGUGAAGAAUCAUUGGCAUGUUAUAAUGGCUAGAAAACAAAGAGAACAAUCCAAGCUAUGUGGGAAGAGAAGUUUUCAAGACGGUUUUAGCGACUCUAAACUAAGUUCUACUGAUUUUACUCCAAGGAAAUUAGCAAGAUGUCAAGAGGCUUUUAGCUCAAGAAUUGGGUUUGGAGAAAGUAGGUUUUUUGAAUUUCAAGACCCCUGUAAAGAUAGGAUUUUCUCAGUCUCAUCCUCAUCAACUACUUCUUCACCAUCUUGGACUUUUGCUUCUUCAACAAUCAUGGCUUCAAACUAUUCAUCUUUAGCCGAAUUAUCAAGAAGAUCAUAUGGAAAAGAUUAUUUAUUGGCUUCUGGUUCCAGUUAUUACUCCAUGGACAGCUCAAAAUUUUUAGAUCAAUCUCUCUAUAAACAUCAUUCAAAUGCUUCAGCAUAUUGUAGCGGCUUCAGAAAUUCCAGUACAUUUGGUAUCCCAAACUACAGGAGGGUUGUUCCGAGUCCUUUUGGCUACCUUAAACUUGGUGAUAGUUAUGAAAGUAAUAAUGGUGUGAUGAAAGAGUUGAUGAGCUUUACUGAUAAUGCACCCAAGUUUGCAAAUAUUAGAGUGAGUAAUUCCCAGCAGGAGCAAGAGGAUGAAUCCAUCAAAGGGAAGGAUGUUCCUUUCAUAGAUUUUCUUGGUGUUGGUAUUUCUUCUUGAUCAUAAAAAACCAUCUUAUUUAACUAUUUUUCCUACUAUACAUAACAGUUUUAGCUUUGGUUUUCCAAUGCAUCAUUAAUUUUUAGCAUACAUGUUGAUAACAUGCAAAAAUUAAGCAGAAAAAUAUGCUUAAUUGAUUAGCCUUUUAGCAGUUAGAAAAAAAAAAUCUUUCAAUACACAAUAUUGUUUAGUAAGGAAUGGGCAAGUUUUCAGAUAAUUCAGUGAGUUUAUGAGUUUUUAAUUUGUAGGACAUGA